CAGUUUGGAUAUAGGUUCGCUCGGAACUAACGAUUUGUUUUCACUAACGGUUUGCUAGUUGGAUUUCACAUCAACGGAUAAAUCUGCAUCAUGUGCUUGCCGAAACGGAUCAGUGGCGGUGCUAUUCAAAGCGUGACAACAGCCAUCGGCAAUAUGCUCUGCUUCAAUUUCGGACUUCUGUUUGGCAUCACGCCGGCGCACAUGAAUCUGUACGAGUCGGAGACAGAAACGCCCCUAAACAAGGUUACAGAUCCCGCCGGCACCGCCUUCUUAACGGGCUAUCUAUUUCUGAGUGCAGCCGUGGGUGCCGCAUUCUCCGGCUGCCUGGCAUUACGAAUCGGUCCCAAGUCCGUGCUGCUCUUGUCUGGACUCCUACAGAUUUUUGCCUGGUUCUGCAUACACUUUGGCGUCGAUAUUGUUCACAUUUAUGCGUCCCGCAUGUUUGGGGGCGUGGCAGCUGGCGCUGCUUUGGUAGUUCUGCCCAUUUUCAUUAACGAAAUCGCCGAGACACGGGAGAAGGCGGCACGCUUAACCUUCACAAUUGAACUGUGGCGCACUGGUGGCAUCCUUGCCGGCUUCGUGCUGGGCUUUUAUGCGCCCUACCUACUUGUGAACAUUGUGGGUUGCAUAAUAUCCUGUGUGUUCUCAGUGUGCUUUCCCCUUGUGAGGGAGAGUCCGCAUUACUAUCUACGCAGGAACAAUGUGCCCGCCAUGGAGAAAUCACUGCGCUGGUAUCGGGGCAUCCGUGAUAUUGAUGACCGCGGACAGCGUGAAUAUCUUCAGGAGCUGGCCGAGUUCAAGUCGGAGUUGAGUGGUAAGAGUGGCCAGGGUAAGCAGUCCAUUGGCUCUGCCCACUUUUCGCACAGCUAUGUGGUUCGUCUGAUAUGUGUAAGCUUUCUGCUCACAAUAUGCGCCAAAAUGAGCGGUGUCUUUGUGGAAUUGAAUUAUGCCGCUGAUUUUCUUGGCCGCACCGGUACCUCAACGAAUCUGAACUAUGUGAUUCUUGCCACCUCGCAAUGUGUGGGCGCCGUAUUGGCACGUCUCUUCGGACCGCAUCUACCCCGCAAGGUGUUGCUUUGCCUCUCCUCGCUCUUCGCCGCAGCGGCAGUCAUUGCUCUAGCAUUUUUCAAGCAGUUCGGAGCCAGCUGGGCUCUGGGUGGCUGGUUUGACCGCUACCUUCCCAUUAUCUUGCUCGCCGCGCAGAUGCUCUCUGUUAGCUUCGGCUUAUGUCCUUUGGCCGCUGUUGUCAACAGCGAAGUGUUGCCCACAAAGCUGCACGACUUGCUUUAUUCAAUGGCAUCGUGCAUAUCCUGGCUGCUGCUCUUUGGCAUGAUUGAGGCUUUUAAUUCGGUGAAGACAACAAUCGGACCCGGCUUGGUGCUUUAUCUGUGGGUAUUUGCUGGCGCAUCGAUAUUUGUGGGCCUCAUUUCGCUGCCUUUGUUGCCCGAAACACGCAAUCGACGUCCAUCGGCUGUGCAACGGGAUUUGGGCUAUGUGGAGCACGAAGGCGUUGCCAAAAGCGUUAGUGUAAUUAGUGGACACAUCUGCACGCGUAUUUGAGGCACAACCAAUUAGUACCUAAGAGCAUUCUGUACAUUUUAAGAUAAAUUAAAGCACUUAAGAAAAAGAAGAAGCAGGGCGUUUAACUGAAAGUAGGUCAUCAUACCAAAAGCUCUUUUGCCCGGAAACGGACACUUGCACGUUUAUCAUUAGUGGUCAGUAGCAAUGAUUAAAUUAAUUUUCCAUUUAGAAAUGAACAAGCAAAGUCGUGUGAUCUGCGCGUAUCUAAUCUUGCCUUUAUUUAAUCAGUAGAUUAAAUAAUUUGUUACAUAAGGCACUCAAGAGGUAAUUGAGAACUGAUACAGCUCGAUCACAUUUUAACAUGCAAGUAGUUGAUGUUAUCAUUUUAUUUAAGCCAACCACUUUACUUUGUAGUCAGCUGAUAUCGGAAA